AUGAGCUCAACACUCAGCGCACAAAAACUGCUGCAGUCUGCACGAAUCUCUCCAGAAAUCUUCAAAUUACGCCCAGAUUACCGAGCUCUUUUAAUGACAGUCGAAGGGGUUCCUCCAGGCCCUAGCGACAGUAUAAGCGAAGCCCUCCUGAUCGAUGCUGAAACAAAUGCAAAGAAUCUAUUGUCAAAGCACCCUGUAACCGAGAUUCCACACAUUGCCGCAUGGCGAGAGACUUACAAGGCAUUUGGAUCUAAGCCGCAGAAAACUCGCAACAGCCUAGAGGCAUUGACUCGCCGUGCUGAGAAUGGAUUACCUCGAAUCAACCGGUUGACGGACAUUUACAAUGCGAUUUCGGUCAAGCAUCAAAUCCCACUAGGUGGCGAGGACCUUGAGAAAUACGACGGAUCACCCUUCUUGAUACGUGCCACAGGCCAAGAGCAGUUUCAGGCUUUCACAGGUGGCGAACUGCAGACUGAACUCGCAGCACCUGGAGAACCUAUUUGGUGUGACGAUACUGGAAUUACCUGUCGUCGCUGGAAUUGGCGGCAAGGUCCACGCACCGCAUUGUCUGAUGCGACUACAAAUGUGUUGAUCAUCUUUGACGCAUUGGGGCCACUUUCGGACGAAGCUCUGCUUGCGGCUGCGGAAGAACUUGCCUCGACAUUGAAGAGCAUUUCUCCAGAAGUGCAAUGCGCUAAAAGAUUAAUUAAAGCUUAA